GAACCAGGCGUCUGGGCUGAGGAAAGUUGGGGUCCGAUGGCGGUGCAAGCGACGAGUGGGCUGAUUGGUAAAGGCGGCAGCUCCCAUCUCAUGCGCGUACAUCAUCGCGCGCCCACCAUUCCGUCCCGCAAUAACCAGGCCUCCCACCGCAUGCGUUGUGGGCGUUAUCUGGCCAGAGGCUGCAGCCACGGGAGAUUGAUGAGAUUGCGUUGUUUGAUUUCCUCCCCUUCGCUCUCUCCUCCCAUGUUUUCCGACGCGAUCCCCGCAUUUGUGGGGAAGUCAUGGAGCCCCCGGACGCGCGCGAAGAGAUCGAAGACUCACUUGCCCACAUCGUCCCUCACAAGCCUUUCCCGCAAUAUAUCGAUGACGCCGUAUUCCUCGACGUGAAGGAGCUCCUCAAUCAACACCCCGAUAAGCUCAUCCGGGCAUGGAGCGAGAACCCCCGCCUGUACACACUGCUGCGCAUGCUGGGCUUCGACGAUGACACGCCAGUCUUCAGCAAGUUCGACACUGAGCAGAUCGGCGACUUCUGGCUGCCAUUGGGCUCUGCCACCCUCAGCCACCUUUCCUCCUCCGUCGACAUCUCGCCCCAAGCCUUCCGCCGCACCCAGCUCCAUGUCCUCUCCAAGUCGGAUCUUAUGAGCGAAGAGAAGCUGCUCUCCUCCGUCCCCGCGCACCGACACAUACAAUAUGGAAGCUCACAUUUUGAGGAGCUGGAGAAGAUCGGGAAAGGGGGUUCUGCUGAGGUGACUCGCGUGCGUCACAAGCUGUCUGGCAAGGAGUUCGCGUGCAAGCGUAUCCUCCGUGCGGAUGUCGUAAAGGCGCAGCGAGCUCAGCUCGUCGAAUUCGAGCAGGAGGUGGGGGUGCUACAGCGCAUCAGCCACCAGCACCUCGUCAGUUUCGUGGCUAGCUUUACGGACCUGACGUCCUUCAGCCUGAUCCUGAACCCCGUCGCAAAAGACGUGUUGAAGUCGAUGUUUGAACGCCAAUCCCGCGAAGAGCCCCUUGCAGCUUCCGACAUCUCCACACUGCGUCAUACAUUCGGAUGUCUGGCUACCGCCAUCGCCUAUCUUCAUGCCGAGAGAGUCAGACACAAAGACAUCAAGCCUGGAAACAUCCUGCUGGGCGAAAGAGGUAGAGUAUACCUGUGCGACUUUGGCAUUUCGCGCGACUGGUCCAAGAGUGAGAAUUCCACCACUGAAGGCGACGUGCUGAAGUUCACUCGGAGGUACUGCGCUCCUGAAGUUUUCGGCAGGGAUCCUCGUAAUACCAAAUCCGAUAUGUGGUCCUUGGGAUGCGUCUUCCUGGAGAUCCUCAGCGUAAUCAAGGGAUAUCCCCUCGAAGAAGUCAACAAUUUCCUCCUCGAGCACAGUGCCGAUGCAAGUGCUCAAGGCCUUUGGUGCGCGCCGGACGCCAUGAACGCAUGGCUGGUCAAGAUCAGAAGUGAGAAGAACGAUUCCGCAGAUGACCUGCCGCUAGACUGGAUCACUCCCAUGAUCCGUACCGAGCCCCAGGAUCGCCUCAGCGCUUCCGACAUCGUGGACAUGAUCCACAGGCAAUCUUCCGACCUCCCACAUCCUAGUCUCUAUCUUGCCACAUGCUGCUCAAGAUCAGACAGCAUCGCCCCGAUAGAUGUCGUCGACAGUCCUACACUCCACGAACCGGUUUUUAGCGGCCUUGGCAUCAAUCACACGUUCAAGUCUCCAUCCGCUUCAACCUCAUUGGACUUGCCACAUCGAGGUAGUAGCCCUUCUUCAAUCGACAAGCGGAGCAAUGCUCCUUCAAGCAGACAUCGCGUCCCCGGAGAUCGGUCUGUAUCGCCCCGGGCUCAAAACCCGCACCGGAGAGAAAGCGCCGACACCGUCCCUUUCCCAAUGGAUCCUAUCGACAAUGGCCAGUGUGAGAGCCCCUUAGUGGGAGUACCUGGUAAUAAGCCUUCGCGCCACAUCUCUUCGCGGUCCAACAGCCACAGGACAUCAAGUCUCUUCACCCCGCCGCCUCCGGAAUCGGAAGCAUCAUCAUCAUCCGCCCCUCGCCGAUCUCCCGUGCCACCGCCGGCAAGCUUCGAGGUGAAGUGCGCGUGUGCCCCGCGGACGAAUGAGAAGCACAUCUUCAACGCUUCCUAUGCGUCUACGGGAUCAGAAAGCGACGAGGAUAUCGACUCGUCUUUCGUUUUCGAUUCUGAUAUUCCCACUAUCGACACCUGCACAAAGUGUGAGAUCGGUGAAAACAAGGUCCAAAUCUACGAGACACAGCCCCAGGAUCCUAGUGUGAUCAAUCCUCCGAUACCCAUGAUGUGGUGGAUCACCCGCCGCUUAGUCGUGAGCUACUUGUCAGGACGUCCAGAGAUGCGUCGAUGCAGUUCUUUCUGGCUCCCACUAGCUGAUCUCCAGUUCACCAUCUCUGGUAACGCAGUCACGCUACACUGGUCUGACUGUAAUCAGAUGACAGAAAGGCGAGCGGUGAAUUACGGGGAGCAAUAUGAUUGGCUCUACACUCCCAAGCAACCUAACAAUGAGGUUACGCUUGCAUUUAACGCAAUCGAGGAUGCCCAUCAAUUUGUUGACAUUGCGCGACUCCCGUACGAAGAUGGAGUAAUCGUCAGUCAUGGACGAAGGAUUGACGUGACUGAAACGUCCGAAGUAAACAUUUUUGAUAUUGGUCGGAAGGGUGUGCGGAACUAUCGCGUCGCGGCGCUUACCACCGUGUUUCCUACUGUCGCAACUUCGAAACUCUUCAUUCAGUGGCCUGAGGUCGAUCUUGACAUUCGAAUACAAGACUCCCAGCUCAAUCGAUCUGCGACAGCACCAGAUUAUCAGAUGACCGUCGAGAUGAAGAACGUAUCCACGCCAACAUAUCAAAGCGAUGUUCAAGGCGAGCCCGCCGCUGAUUACGACAGAGUCGCGAGAUUCAGCAGGGCUCGACAGCUAAAGACCAAUUUGGUGGUCAAAUUCCCGAUCGGCAUGAAGCACAGCCUCCCUACUCCUCCACCUGGUAAGUUGAUGACUCCUUCUCUAGUUCCAAUUCUAAUACAAUCCCAGCUGUGGUGGAUAUGCUUCAGGGUCUGACCGGCUGGGCGUUCCGCUACUUCGCCAUCGUCACCAAAUUCAAAACCAAGAACAAGCACUUCGGAUCGAAGAAAUACGGGAAGUCUGAUGUUCUGCUCUGGGACAAGGAAGUGGACGAUAAUGCCCUUGGAGUUAAAAGACGGGGAGCCGUAGUCACAAUUCGGUUGCAUGAAGAGGCAGACUUCCUCUGGAUGAACGGUUACAUCA